AUGAAUUGUAAGAACACUAUUGUUUAUGUUAUGGGGAUCAGUCGAAGUAUAGAUAAACAAGAGAUAAUUAAAUUAUUUAAUGAAAGAAUUAGAAAUAAUAUUAAAUUUACUCAUAUAGAAAAUGGAUCAAGAAAAAUACUUUUAAUUAGUAUGGGUAAUCAAGAAAUUGCUCAAGAAUUAGUUAAAAAAUAUAAUGGAAUGGAGUACUGUGGAAAACAUUUGGUUAUAUCAUUAAAUAAAAAUGAUUUAUUAACUAGUACUAAAUUGUAUGUAAAAGGAAUAAAUAAAUCAAUUUGUAAUGAACAAUUUAAAAGUAUAAUGAAAGAUUAUGGUACUGUAAUAAGUUGUAAAAUAUCAUUAAAUAAAGAGUUUAAAUCAAAUGGAUAUGGUUAUGUUGAAUUUGAAACUGAAGAAGAAUGUAAAAGGGUACUUAAUUCACAAAAACUUAUUCAAACACAAAUAGGAGAUAAACAUUUUAUUAUUUCAUUAUUUAAUAAACCUAUCCAUAAGGACAAUUGUAUUUAUGUAACAAAUAUUGAUUCAACAGUUGAUGAUAUUGAUAUUAUUACAUAUUUCUCAAAAUUUGGAGAAAUAGAAAAAAAGGAUUUGGAAUUAAAAUGUUCAAUUCGUUUUGAACUUAUUCAUAAAAAGAAAAAUGCUUUUAUUACUUAUAUUAAUGAAGAAGAUGCUAUAAGUGCAUUAAGUAGUCCAACAAAAAAUGUAUUAGGAAAAGGAGAUAUUCAUAUUGAAUUAUGGAAAUCAAAAAAAGAACAGAAACAAGAAAUAAAACAAAAUAUAGAAUCUAUAUAUAAGGAUUAUAAUUUAAAAAUUAAAUUACCGAAAAGUAAAAUAAUCAAUGAAAAAAGUAUAUUUAAUUGUUUCAAAAAUUGUGGUCAGAUUUAUAGUAUCUAUAUCCAAAAGCAAAAACAAUUUUCAACUAUAACUGUGUUCAUUUGUUUCACUGAUCAACAAAGUACUGAAAAUGCAAUUUCUCUUGCUGAAGAAAAUAAGUGGGAUGUAAUUCGUGCAGUUGAUAUACAAAAAAGAGGAGGUGAUAAUGAAACACCAAAAGAAGUGUCUUUACAAAAAAUAGACAAACCUCAAAGAGACGAAGACGUAUUGAUGAAUGAAUUAUGUAGUAAUAUUUAUAAUUAUCUAGUUGAUUUUUAUAAUAGUAGUCAAAUUAGAAAGAUAAUUUCUUCUUUAAAGGAUACCCAUUCCUUUUCUUCACUUCAACACUUAUUUAAAGAAAAUCAUUUGGCGUUUGAUAAA